AGCCGGAGGCUGUGGGAGCCUCUGCUUUGUGGCCGUCCUACCGCUGGCUUUUCACAGCCGGGCUCUGGGGCUUAAGGAGCUUGGACCCCGGUUGGAAACGGGGUCGCCUGAGAACCGGCUGGGACCACCCUGGGCCCCCCUGGCUCUGGGUUUAGUUGCCAGCCCUGGACGACGUGGCAUCCUUAAGCAAACGUGCUCUGAAUGUGAAGCUGCACUGCUUGGAGGCCAGGGGAGCAGCACCCUGCCAGUAAUAGGAGAGAAAGAUAAAGGGAGAAGCAGGCAGGCCAAAGAGGGGGAGAGAGAGUAAAAAUGAACGUUGGAGUUGCCCACAGCGAGGUAAAUCCGAACACCAGGGUGAUGAACAGUCGAGGGAUGUGGCUGACAUACACGCUUGGAGUUGCCAUGCUUCACAUUGUCUUGCUCAGCAUUCCCUUCUUUAGCGUUCCUGUUGCAUGGACCUUAACAAAUGUGAUUCACAAUCUGGGAAUGUAUGUGUUUUUGCAUGCUGUAAAAGGAACUCCUUUUGAAACACCUGACCAGGGUAAAGCUAGGCUACUAACGCACUGGGAGCAGUUAGACUACGGAGUACAGUUUACAUCCUCAAGAAAAUUCUUCACGAUCUCUCCAAUAAUUCUGUAUUUUCUGGCAAGCUUCUACACCAAAUACGACCCAGCACAUUUCAUUGUCAACACCGCUUCUCUUCUGAGCGUGCUUAUCCCAAAACUGCCCCAGCUGCACGGCGUUAGAAUCUUUGGCAUCAACAAAUAUUAAGCCAGAAUUAUGGAACCAAAGCAUUCUGAUCAAAACCUGACAUGGCAACUCAUUUUUCUCAGGAGAAGGAAAACGACAGUCUGCUGUGCUGUUUAUCUAGUAACAUACAAUGAGACACUUGUAUGCCUGAGGUCUAACUGUUACUUCUUUGGAUUCUGUUUGGAAGACAAGUAGACUUAUAAGAAGAUGCCUCUACAUAUUUAAUGUGAAUGUUAAUUAUUGCUUUUAAUGAGAAAUUUUCUGUGAGGGACUGGGCAGGCCCAGCUCUAAAACUUUAAUCAGCACUAAGACACUGUCUCUCUGAUGUAAAUGGUUUGAAAAGAGGGUAUGAAUAACUUGAAUAAGCUGAAGUGGGCAAUGUUUCAGAAAUCAUUCAAACAACUAUAGUGAAAACAGAGUAAAAGAAUGUGUAAAUCUUCUAGUAAAGGACUGGAGUCCUUUAAUUCUUAAUUAUGUAAAAGAAGCCAUUUAUUCUUUUUGGACCAUAAAUGACACUUUUUUUACCAGUUUAAGAAUUUCUCUGUCUAGCUAUAGGUACUACAGCAGCUGCUGUGACCUAAUAAUACAUGCAUUAUCUGUUCAUAUGACCUUUCUCACAGAAUUUUCUCCAGUCUUACCUGACAACUCAGGGGAUUUCUACAUCAACUUGUUAACCCACUUUUCAGAUACUUAGGAAGCUGGUCAUUGUUGUUUUGCAUGCUACUUGUUGCUUGCCAGAAGGCUGCUCUAUUCUGAGAAACUAAGUACAGUACUCAGUUUCUGAGAGGAAAAAAAAUCACACCAUGUUUCCCUUUGAGCAGUUUACUCUGAUAGCUGACUGACAGGUAAUGCUCUAGUGGUUAGGAGGUCUGUAAUAGUCUCUUUGUUUUAUUUUUCCUUGCGGAGUGGCGGUUCCAGUUUGGAAAUUUAAACAGGUGGCUGGGGUAUCUAGCUGAAACUUUCUUUAACUUGCCAAUUACAAGCGCAAGCCUCAAAAUAGCUAACCUGUGUCUAUUAGUUAUGUGGCCAAGCAAAAGAAAGCAGUUAUCAUUUGCAUUUCUGCAGUCUCAACCAGAAGUUCAAGGAACAUAGGAAUAUUGAAUGGCAAGGGUGACUGUACUACUAAAUAACACGGCAUUACUCUUUUAGAUGAUUCUAAUUCUAGAGUGAGGUGUGUAUUUAUGUGAAGGUCAAGUACUUUUUUUUUUUUUCUUGGCUGUAGGGAGGGGAAUUAGAAGAACAAUCCUACAAGUUAGGCACAACAACAUCCAGCUGAGCAGUUUAGCUUGAAUAAGGAGCUUUCCUGCAGCUUGUGGAAGGUGUUUAUUUCAGUGGCCUGGCCCUGGCUUAAGUCUGGGCUACAUACAUGUACCUGCAGGAAAAACCAACCUGCAUUGGUGCUCUGUUGACUAGCAACAUUCCCUCACAUUUAGCCACUGAUUUGUUAUAUCUUUCUUGCUAAUUUAAAAAGAGGGUUCCUCUGGCUACUUUGUGAAUAGAAGGAGUGAAGCAUUACAGCCGAUAAGGUAUUCUCCUCCCAUGAAAUGUUUUGACUCUUCGAAACAGAUCAGUCUAUAAGCAGAUGAUUAUGCAGGAGCUGAUAAUUGGUUCCCUUUUAAAAAAAAGAUUUUGCUUCAGCAGGCUAUUGUAGCUCACUGAAAACUUGUUUUCUUUUUGCAAAUCAUUGUUUUAGACUAACUUAAGUGACAUUGAUGGAGGCUGGAAAUCAACCUUGAAUUUUGUACACGUUACUUUGUUUCACCAAAAGACACUUCAGACCACAAAUUGGUGGCAUGCUCUUGUAAAUAGACUGAGGGGAACAUAGAAUUAGUGUUUGAAACACUAUGUGAAACUUGUCUAGAGUUGGACAGGAAAACCUCUUAGUAAUUGUGAAAGACGUAUUUGUAAUAGGGUAUUUUUCUUUUUCCAGUGGCUUACGUGUUUUACGGAAUUAAAAACCUGGUCUGUGAAA